AUGGCUCCCAAGGGCGGCAGCGGCAGCGGCGGGGCUCGGCAGCAGUCCGAGGAGGAGCUGCUCCUGCAGGACUUCAGCCGCAACCUCUCGGCCAAGUCUUCGGCGCUGUUCUUCGGCAACGCCUUCAUCGUCUCUGCUAUCCCGAUCUGGUUGUACUGGCGGAUCUGGCAUAUGGACCUGGUUCAGUCUGCAGUCCUGUACAGCGUAAUGACCCUCGUCAGUACAUACCUGGUUGCUUUUGCCUACAAGAAUGUAAAGUUUGUUCUUAAGCACAAAGUAGCUCAGAAGAGGGAAGAUGCUGUUUCCAAAGAAGUCACCCGCAAGCUGUCUGAGGCAGACAACAGGAAGAUGUCACGGAAGGAGAAAGACGAGAGAAUUUUGUGGAAGAAGAACGAAGUGGCAGAUUACGAGGCAACCACUUUCUCCAUCUUCUACAACAAUACUCUCUUUCUGGUCUUGGUUGUCAUCGCCUCAUUCUUUGUGUUGAAGAACUUCAAUCCCACCGUAAAUUACAUUCUUUCCAUCAGCUUUUCAUCUGGACUGAUCGCUCUGCUCUCUACUGGCUCUAAGUAGAUGGAAGAGUUUGGGUGGGUAGAUCCUAUCCACUC